UGAGUCAGACUCUCAUAAACCCCGAGAAGAACGAUCCAGACGUCGAGCGCCUUUCUACACACUCGAAACGACACCGUCUCGUGGCAUUGACUGGCGCAUGCCGCAACCUCCAUCGAGCGGUCAGCAUCCGGGAGGGGGUGGAGGAGAAAACGAAGGAGACGGGGGAGGUGGCAAAGGAGACGACUCACAGUUUGUCGGAAAGGGGACGGGCGAGACAUCGUCGGUAGAGAAGGCGUCCGGCGGAAAGGACUCGGGCAGAAAGGGGUCGGGCAGGAAGGGGUCGGGCGGAAAGCGUAGAACGUCCGGGAGUCCCCAGUAUAUGGAAACUGACCCUCACUGCGUAGGGAGUCGAGAUUCCGACAUGCGAGACGAGGCCACCCUGAGGUCAGAUCAAGUGCGAGUAGAUUCGCACUCGUCUGUGAGGACUUUGUUUCCCGUUGCCAAGGAGAGUCCAUCCCGCCGUGCGCAGCAGAGGUUUCAUGUGCUCAACACCUUGCUCCUGAAAGAGGGCGCGCCUUCGUUUUGCCUGGAGGGCGUGAUGCCUGCAUUGCGAAGGAGCGAAGGUGCGACCUUUGGUUCCCUCGGCUCGGGCGACCGCCACAAACUCCGAAUACAUUCGGAUUUGCUGACGUCGCCCUCCGCCAUAAGUGCUCCUCACGCAACAGUUCCGCGGGGCCAAGAAAAUGUCACGUCCUGCUCCCCGCAUCUUCAGUUGGACACAGGGCUGCCGUGCUCGCCUCCGUUCUCAUGUGUUGAGCCUCGAGACUGGCGGUCUUGCAACGUGCUGGAGGGGCCCGCUGCAGGAGUGUUGGAGACCGGUGGUAGCGAGCACGAACGUCACACUCCUGGGGAAGAGGAGCGCUCUCCGGGAACGCGUCCUGUACAUCGGGAAGAGGAGACUCAACGCUGGCAGUCUCGCAAAGUGUUGGAGACUGGGGGUAGCGAGUGUGAACGUCAUGCUUCGGAGGGUGCGUCCGUGGACACUGACAGCGAGAGUGAAGGAGCUCCGGGGGAAACGCAUGCUCUACAGCGGGGAGAGGAGAGGAGACACGGGCCGACUCGUGAAGACGUGAAGUGGCUCCACGCACAAGCGCUGGUGAUCGGGAUGUCCGAAGAGGUUCUGCACAGUCGUUCGGCUGUGGCCACGACGAGAGAGGUUGUCGUUGAGGGAGGUCAGUGGACGUCCGUGCAAGCUCCCGUUCUUGGCGACGAUGAAGACGAAGAAGAACCCUCGGUGGAAGCUCGGGUUCAUGGCGAUGAGAAAGGCGGAGAACCCGUGGUGGAAGGCGGUGAGGUGACUGUCGACAUCCGGACGGAUCCACAACGGAAAUAUGGUGAUUGUUUGCCCACCCGUUGCGGUGAAGAACAGGGUGGUUGACCGUCUGUCCUAAGCACCGCUCGGGGAAUGGUGCUUCAUGA